UGCCCCAGGAGGACAGCCUGGAGGGAGAGGGAAUGGCUCCUGCCCUGACAGCCAGGCUGGGGAAGGAGCAUUGAACACAAUCUGUUCACUAGGAAAAAAGCAAAAAACAAACAAACAAGCAAACAAAACCCACACACGUUUAAAAUUGAUGUCCUUGGAUCCAUUACCAACAAUAAGUAUCCACUGUAUUAAGUUGUGAAGAUACAAAGAAAGCAAACCUGGCCACUGCCCCCAAGGAACUUAUGUCUGAUGAGAGAGGAAUUCUAAAGUGCCUGUUAUGCACUAGUCACUGUACUGGAUUACACGAAUCAGUGACAUUCCAGGAUGUGGCUGUGGAAUUCUCCUUGGAGGAGUGGAUACAUUUGAACCUGUCUCAGAAAAACUUGUACAGGGACGUGAUGCUGGAGAACUAUAGGAACUUGGUGUUUUUGGGGUUUGCAGUUUCCAAACCAGAUGUGAUCUACCAAUUGGAAAGAAAGGAAACAUCUUGGAUACCAGAGGCAGAUAUUCCAAGAAGCAGCUGUCCAGGGAGCAAAGGAUUUACUGAAGAGAAAUCUUAUGAAUGUGGUGAAUGUGGGAAGGCCUUCAGGAGUAAGACACAACUUAUUAGGCAUCAGAGCAUUCAUACUGGAAAGAGUCUUCAUGAAUGUAAGGAGUGUGGGAAGGCUUUCAUCUACAACUCAGAACUUCGUCUACACCUGAGAAUUCAUACAGGAGAGAAACCUUAUGAAUGUAGCGUAUGUGGUAAAGCCUUCCGGAGGAAGGCAAAUCUUACCGUGCAUCAGAGAAUUCAUACUGGAGAGAAACCUUAUGAAUGUAGUGAAUGUAAGAUGGCCUUCAGGCGUAAGACACAGCUUACUGUGCAUCUGAAAGUUCAUCCUGGAAAGAUUCUUUAUGUAUGUAAACAGUGUGGGAAGGCUUUCUACUACAAUUCAGAACUUAUACAACAUCAAAGAAAUCAUAUGGGAGAGGAACUAUGUGAAUGUAGUGAGUGUGGGAAUGCUUUCAGGAGUAAAACACAACUUGCCAUGCAUCAGAGAAUUCAUACUGGAGAGAAACCUUAUGAAUGUAAGGAGUGUGGAAAAGCUUUCUUCUACAACUCACACCUUAUUAAACAUCAAAGAAUUCAUUCUGGAGAGAAACCUUAUGAAUGUAGUAAAUGUGGGAAGGCCUUCAGGAGGAAGGGAAAUCUUAAUAUGCAUCAGAGAAUUCAUACUGGAGAGAAACCUUAUGAUUGUAGUGCAUGUGGAAAGGCCUUCAAGAGGAAGUCAACUCUUAAUAAACAUCAGAGAAUUCAUACUGGAGAGAAACCUUAUGAAUGUAAUGAAUGUGGGAUGGCCUUUAGGCUUAAGACACAGCUUGCUAUACAUCAGAGAAUUCAUACUGGAGAGAUACCUUAUGAAUGCAGUAUAUGUGGGAAGACCUACAAUAGGAAGUCAAAUCUUACUGUGCAUCAGAGAAUUCAUACUGGAGAGAGUGUUUAUGAAUGUAAGGAGUGUGGGAAUGCUUUCCAUCACAAGGCAGAUCUUAGAAAACAUCAAAGAAAUCAUCAGGGAGAGAAACCUUAUGAGUGUAGUAUAUGUGGGAAGACCUUCAGGAUGAAGUCAUAUCUUACUGCGCAUCAGAGAGUUCAUACUGGAGAGAAACCUUUUGAAUGUAGUGAAUGUGGGAUGACCUUCAGGCGUAAAACAGAGCAUACUGUGCAUCAGAGAAUUCAUACUGGAGAGAGUCUUUAUGAAUGUAAGGAGUGUGGGAAGGCUUUCUUCUACAACUCAGUAUUUAUUCUACAUCAAAGAAUUCAUACUGGAGAGAAACCUUAUGAAUGUAGUGAAUGUAAGAAGGUCUUCAGGAGUAAAACACAACUUAAUGUACAUCAGAGAGUUCAUCCUGGAAAGAUUCUAUAUGAAUGUAAAGAGUGUGGGAAGGCUUGCCAGUACAAUUCAGAACUUAUUCGGCAUCAAAGAAUUCAUGCUGGAGCUAGACCUUAUGAAUGUAGUGAAUGUGGGAAGGCCUUCAUGAAUAAGAGAACACUUACUGUGCAUCAGAGCAUUCAUACUGGAGAGAAACCUUAUGAAUGUAGUGAAUGUAGGAAGGCAUUCAGGUGUAAGACACAACUUACUGUUCAUCAGAGCAUUCAUACUGGAGAGAAACCUUAUGAAUGUAACAUAUGUGGGAAGGCCUUCAGGAGGAAGCCACGUCUUACUAUGCAUCAGAGAAUUCAUACUGGAGAGAAACCUUAUGAAUGUAGUAAAUGUGGAAAAGCCUUCAGGAUUAAGGCACAUAUUACUAUGCAUCAGAGCAUCCAUACUGGAGAGAAACCUUAUGAAUGUAGUGUAUGUGGGAAGAUUUUCAAUAGGAAGUCAAAUCUGACUGUGCAUCAGAGAAUUCAUACUGGAGAGACACCUUAUGAAUGUAGUGAGUGCAGGAUGGCCUUCAGGUUUAAGAGACAGCUUACUGUGCAUCAGAGAAUUCAUACUUGAGAGAGACUUUAUGAAUGCAGUGAAUGUUGGAAGGCUUUUAUACAGAAUAUACAAAUUUCUGUCCAUAAGGGAAUUCAUACUUGAGAUAUUCCUCAUGAAUGUAAAGAGUGGGAAGAAUAUCACAACUUAGAUUUUAUUGAACAUCACAAAAUUCAUUCUGCUGAGGACCUCCUUCAGAAAUAAGCUACAAUUUAUUGUACAUCAGAGCAUUUGUACUGGAAAAAAAACUUAUGAAUGUAGUGAAUAUGGGAAGACCUUCAGGAGGAAGACACAAUUUACUGUGCAUUGAAAAUUCAUCCUGGGAAGAUUCUUUAUGAAUAUAAGGAGUGUGGGAAGGCCUUCAACUACAACUCAGAACUUACUGGACAUCACAGU